GUAAAACAACCGGACGCUUCAGCAAAGCUCCUCGAAUCGGCAUUUGUUGAUAUUUUAAUACAAUCUGCAGUAAAUAAAGUAAGUGUGAAGAAACCCAUUCCUCAAUACAUUCAGGAAACCACAGUGUUCUUGUGACUCAGCCCAUUAAGUCAGGGACCGAUAAAAUCCCAGAUUUGCUUACGGCAUUCGUAAAUAUCGAUAAACAUUUUGCUACAGUGCAAAAAAACGCAGUUUAGAAGUGAUAUUUUGAGUUAACACCUCGCUGUGUUGAUCCGAAAAGUGUCUACGUGAGUUUUGCAGGCUCGUUAUCUACGUACUUCAACGGAUUUCUGCGGUGGUGUUUUAGCUAUUACGGUGAAACCCGGCUGAUUAGUUUGCAACUUCGACACCGAGCCGAAAGGUCGUAUCAAAGGGAAAGUUUGUGUGUGACUCCACUCCAGGAUUCCUUACGAAGAUACCAAUAACUAGUCUGCGGUAAACCGUUUAAAAGCUCCACCAUGUCUCUCCGUCUGAUAUCCUCGCCAUAUUUUCGUCGUUUUCUGCUAUCCAAAAGGGAAACGGUUGUACCAGUGCGGGGCAUGGCCCGUUCACCUUAUUCGGAUCCGCGUGGUUUCACUUUCACCGAUAUGAAAAAAAAUCCAGCUGUUAUCCCACUGGUUGUAAUUAUUGGGAUUGCAGUGGCAGGUGUCUGUGGAUUCAGCGUGUAUUCGUUCUACACACGUCCAGAUGUCAGCUUCAAUAGGAAGGUUUACGAGUGGGACACCAUGGAUGUAAUGAAUCCAAAACGGCUCAAGGUUUUUGCUAUCAACGUAGAACCCAAGCCAAUGCCAGAACUGAGCGAAGCUUUGUCGUAUCGUGAGGAAUAUAAAAAACUGGAGACAGAAAACCACUAAUAAAUAGUACUAACGAUCAUUGGAGAGGAUGGUCAGGAGGAGUUCAACCCACUAGGCACUGGAAAAAUGUGAAAUUAAUUGUUGAAACUUAAACCUGGACAUGUUAUCCUAUUCUGGACAGGACCUGCUGAAUGUUGUCCCUACCAGCUAGUACAAUUGUAGAAGUGUGUCGUUAUGAUUAUUAAUGUAUUCCCAUGAAUUAGGUAAUUAGUAUGAUGAUUUCCGGCUUGGAUCAGCAUUUCUCUACUACCUCUAAAUGUGAAUGACAAUUAACACUCUUGAGCUUAGAGCCACCAAAAAUAAAUAACCAAUUUCCGAGCAAAAAUGCACAGCAUUAUCCAUCACUUAAAACUAUCGAUUGUUGUCGUUCAACCAAAUAAAACUAUUAUCCAGCAAAACAUGUCUCUGUUCGUGACCCCAACCCAACCGUCGUAACCUAAAUAAUAGGAAAGAUUAGUGAAGUAAUCGAACGCCCGUCCAAGUCCUACAAGUGCUGAAUUGUCUACUGCACGAAGGAAGCUGCAUUCAACCCAAACCGACGAUGACUGCUCCCCCCCGUUUUGCUGUAUGGCGACACCGCUGGUGUGGUUAGAUAAUAUGCAACCGUUUCGUGUCCUAAUCCAAUUUCUUCCGAUCGAUAUCGAUACUU